ACAUGAUGACAGCUAUUAUCAAUUUGAUAAUUUCAAUUAUCAGGACAAAGUAAACUUGCUGUUAAAGUUGCUGUCAGCGCGUGACUGCGGUUCUGGUCCGGGAUGUUUAGGUCCGUGUGGAAUUUAAACAAGUCUAUGGAAGACGGUGAUGAUUUAUCUGUUAAUUGGCAAUUUAUCGAAUUUCACAGUCCUAAAGAAUUAACCUGGCAUUUGAAUUAAGCAGAUACUGCUCAUGGAGAGAUUUGGACCUUUAAAAGACUAUGCAUCUUUAUAAUUUGACUUGGGUACCUAUAAUGCAAAAUGGCAGCCAUAUGUGUGAAUGAUAUAAAGGAAAUCCCUGGCUAUAAAGUUAUUCUAAAUGCUGUACUCAAAGCACAGAUUCUACAGCUGGUUGAUCAGUUAGCAGUUGAAACAAAUGAAGAAUCUGUUCUUAUCACAGCUAAUAUUUCUGAUGGAACACUAGGCCAUCUUGGAUCAAGUUUUGGGAACAUAUUCCUGAACACUUAUUCUGAUGUUAAACAGCAGUUUCUUGGAUUUUGUCUUCAUGAAUAUCAAAACAGACAAAAUGACAACUCAUUGUUAGAGGAUGUAUCCAGUUCUCCUGAAAAGAAAACAUCGGGUGGAAAAUCACCUAAAUCACCAAAGGGUCCCAGGAAAAGAAAGAAAACUGCAUUAUGUACAAGAAAGUCCAAGAGGAUGGCUUAUGGAAGCCAAGUACCUGAAUUAGAAACAUUGAAAAGCUUAAAUGAAGAUGCAUUAGAAACAAUUACACAACAAAUUGAAAACAGCCACACAUUAAACGCAUCAAAUAUUGAAGUAGACAGUUUGAAUAAUAACUGCAAUGAUUUCAUCCCAGAAAUCUCAAAUGUAAGCGGAAAUGUUAAAACUUUUGACACUGAUAACGAGAGACCUUGUAUCGAGGAUAAAAAUAAUUCUGAAGUAGCUGAGGCACCUGUUCAUCUUGAGAAGAAAGAAACGUUAAAAGAUAUCGACCCAUGUGUCUCCAUGGAAACAAGUGUCUCUGAACAACCUGUUGACCAUAUUUCAAAAAUUGAGGCAGUUCAAGAUACCGUUAAACUUACAACAAAAGACGUUAAAAGUAAAUCUCCACGCAGAAGUAAAAGUGUUAAAUCACCAAAUAAAAAAGGGAGAAAAGGUAAAAGGUUGUCUAAGAAACAUGGGGACAAUGGUUCCGAUACUGACACAACCAUUGAAUGGAGUGAACAUCCCGAUUCUCCAGGUAUUCCCUCUCUCGAAGAUGAUUCUGCAAAGCAGAUAAAAAAAGAGCCAGAGGAUUUUCCAAGUGAACCUCCAGAUAUUGUUAGCAGCUCACACAGUGAUACUGCCCAUCAGGAAGGUACACAAGCCAAACAUGUUAUUGUUACAAAACAUACAACAUAUGACAGUGCUGAAGAUGAUGAUGAUGAUAAUGUUACUGAACAAUGUAGAAAAACAGAGAAAUGUCCUGCAGGUGAGGAAAGUGUUGUUGAUAAAAAGGAGGAGGAUGAAUUGUGUUCAAAGGAUGCCGAUAUUAAAGAUAUUCCAAAGUCAGAAAGUAAAGGAGUGAAGAUAAAUAACAAAAAGGGCAAAGUUGGUAAGAAAAAGGGAAAACGUGGUAGAAAACCUGGAAAGGCAGUCACUAAAGUUAGUAAAGAAGUUGCAGAAGUAGCUGAAUGUGAAAAAACCAAUGUUUUAGAGGAGUGUAAUCAAACAAUGGACCAAAUAACAGACAGUGUUGCACGUGCAAUAAGUGAAGAAAGAAAAGCAAGACUAGCACUGUUAGAUAUUCAUUCAGCUAGUUUAGACUCGAUAAGUAAUAAAGAGCAUUCUCCAGUUACAGAGGGUGAUGGAAAUGUUAAAAAGGAUUCUUUGCCCUUGCUAGACAACCCUACAAAGGGAAAAGAGGAAAAAAAUUCUGAAGAGAAUAAAUCUGAGAACGAUGUUGAUGCAACAGAAGAUGAAUUGAAAGAAAAAUCAAUAAAAGUUCUUGCCAUUUGGAACGAGAUUGUUAAUGAUACUAACCAAGCAAGCAGUGAAGUUCUUUAUGAUCUCAUAGCUGAUAAAAUCAAACAAAAUAGAGAAAAAAUGUCUGUAGAAAGAGAUUGUCAAACUGAAAGUCAAAUUAAUAAUGACAGUGUUAGUGGAGCAAUAGAAUCUAAAAAUGUUCCACCAGAAACUGUUGUUAGAAGCACAUCUAUAGAUACAUCCAAUAUACAGAAAGAAGAAGAUUUAAAAUAUAGUGGAAACUCACUUAAUCAAAAUAAUGAAAAUUCAACUUCGCGGAAUAUGAGGCAAAAUUCAUGUGAAAGUAAUUCAAGUAGUCUAAGUAAACAAAGUGUGGAUCAAAACACAGAUCAGGGGAUGGUUAAAGAUAAAAUGGAAGGAACUAGUGGAACGUUAACAAAAGGCAAUGCUGUAAAUAAUACCACAUCAACUGUUUCAGUAACUAAUUCAAAUAACCCACAAGGUAGUUGUGAAAAACAGACAGUAAAUACUGAUAUAAAUGUUAUUGCAACUAAUAAUACUGUAAAACAAGGAACUCUACCAGUUGUAAUAGAUGUUGAUGCUAAUGCAAGACAGGCCCCAAAAUCUAGCACCCCUAAUACUUCAAGUGCAACAAGUACUCCUGUUAAGCAAGUUGGAAAUAAAGUAGGCCAAAGUACACCAAAGCAGGUGAGAACACCAACACAGAGUGUUAAUAAACAAAAAGUGCAGUCAGUAACUCCAGCAAAAAUAGGUAAAGGCAAAAGUUUAGUUGAUAAUUUGAUAUCUACUGGUGUGCCAAUUAUUAUUCCGGAUGAUGAUGAUGACGAUAUUGAAGAGAGUCACGAUGAUUUUAUGCCAAGUCCUAGGUCUAAUGCUUUUGAAAUAAAAUCAAAGCAAUACAAAGAACAGCACGAAAAGAGGGCAGCCAAGCGAAUGGCGCAGAUGGCUCGAAGACAAGGAUAUAGUACAUAUAUGCAACAGGCUUCUUCCCAAAUAGCACCGAACAGUACAUCCUCUUAUAGCCAAUACCCUUCCACACUUCAACAGCAGCAGCAAAAACAACAAUAUCAGUACCAAGGUUACCAAGAGACACAGCAGUUAAGAGGCCAACAACAUCAGCAACAGUAUCAGUAUGAAGAAUAUAUGGACGAACAACAGUAUGAACACCAACAAUCCCUUGAACCGUUUUACUCUCCUCAGCAAUCUUCACCUGCUUUACAGCAACAAAUGUUCACGCCCCCAAAAAGCGGUACUUUCCAAAGAGGCCGCCAGCAAAGGACAUCAUCAUAUCAAGGCAGAGAGAUGUCGCCUCAGUCUCGUAACUUUUCUCCGCCUACUACGCCAACCACACCAAAAAGUCCAUAUUUUAAACAAGGGUAUGUAACUCCUACUAAGCAUCAGCAAAAUGUACCGUCUCAGUCACCACACUCUAGAAUCCCACCUAAUCAGUCACCGGCUGCAAAGCAAGGUUUGCAGCAGAAUCGUUAUUCCCCUGCCCCAAAACGGACUAUUCCUAUAGUUAUUGAAGAUGAGCCUUCUGGUAUGAAGAGGAAAGGACAAAUGUCUUUGGCUCAGUCACAAUACCAACAGCCUGCUCAAAGAGAAGCUUUUGUGACAAAAUUACCAGUAACUAAUCCACAGCAAAUUCCUCCCGGACAAGCUUGUGAAGUCAGUACCAAUUACGAGGAGUUUCUACGAUUGCAACAACAACAGCAGAAGCAGCAACAACUUCAACAACAGCAGCAGGAGAAGCAGCAACAGCUUCUACAACAACAGCAGCAGCAGGGAAAGCAACAGCAGCUGCUACAACAACAACAGCAGGAGAAGCAACAACAAUAUCUACUGCAGCAGGCGAAGCAACAACAACUGUUACAACAACAGCAGCAGCAGGAGAAGCAACAACAAUAUUUACAACAGCAGCAGGCAAAGCAACAACAAUUUCUACAGCAACAGCAGCAAGCACUACAGCAACAAAAACAGCUUCAAUACGUACCUUCUGUUGAGGAUAGGCAACUUAAAGCUGGAUCUGUUGGUGAACCUGCUUUAUUGAAUGCUGACAGAGAUAAUUUAAUUGGUUCUGAGAUGCAACAGUCUCAAUUUACACCACUACCAGCGUCUGCUAGCGUGGAAACAUCCUUAGUUCGUCAGGCAAAUGAAAGAACGCCCAUUAAAAGAAUCAGAUCUGAUGAAACCAUUAUGUCACCUGCUAUGUCUGCAACAGAACCAUUAAACAGACAUCGUCACUCUUCAACCGAUAGCAACUCGUCCUUUUCUCAGACUUUGAACACAAAGUCUCCCAUUGUCUCUCCAGAUGCUUCACAAAGAUUUCCUGAAGGCCAGAUUUCACCUAGUAAAAUUCCUCCAAAAUUAGAAAUUGACGUAGAUGAUGUUCGAGGGGCUCUGCCUGCUUUACCUGAAUUAAGUGGUCAAGUAGUUCCAAUGAAAAGCCCUUCAAUGUCUUCUCAGACUAGUGAAAUGUCAGCUAGUGAUAGAGAAGAGAGGGCAAGCAUUCCUCUCCCGCCACAGUUAGCUCGAUCUGAUCUCAAAUCCUUUUCACCACCAGUAAGCCCAUCCACUAAACGUCUUCAUGCUGCGCCAGGAACACGUGCUACCGCACUUUCUUCUGGUGACGAUUCAUCUGUAACAUCCCAGGAAACAGUGCCCUCUCAGCCGUUAAAGAAGUUUGGUUGUGGCGAUUGCGGAAAAUCGUACACAACCAAGGCAGCUCUAAAUCAACAUUUUCGAAAGCACACACAAGAAAGACCUUUUGAAUGUGAUGUGUGUGGCAAACACUACUCACAGAAAGGAUAUCUUAAAAAACAUAUUCUUACGCAUUUUGAAGAAAAAUGAUUGGGGGGGGGGGGGGGGUAAAAAAGACCUUGGGGGUCGGGGUGAAGGGGCAAUGGUGGCAGACAUUGCAGUUGCAACAUUGUUUUGUUCUUCUUUACAGUAGACUUGCAUUGAUAUGAUAAAGAAAUCCACAUUGACUACAGCAAAAAUAUCACAUAGUUUUUAAAUACGCUCGUAAAAAUUGUGUCAGAUAGAUUUUUUUUCUCCUUAAAAAUUGAUGUAUUCAUUGUUGUGUUUGUGUAAUUAAGCAAUGUUUAUUAGUUUGCGUUUAUAUUUACUUGUACAAGCAAUCUUUUUUUUCUAAUAUCUGUGUUGCUGGGCAAGGAAAUGUAUAAUUGUAAAGCCUUUGCAUGUAGAAAAAAAAUAGUAUAUGUUUUGUAAAACAAUGUAAUGUUAUGGGAUAGGUAUUCAUUAUAUAGAUGACUGACUGAUAAAUACAGUUUUGCUUUAAUGUAUUGUUUAUUUCAUAUAUGUCUGGUACAAGUAUAUAUUGUUACACAUGUGCUAUGAAUCUGUUUCCUAGGUAUGUGAUAAAAUUGCAAGUUAACAAGUCAUACAAUGUAGAUGUUUUCUGUAAAUUGUAAGAUAUUAUGUGUACUUUGGAAAAAAAGUGAAACCUGAAUUAUCUUACAUAAAUUGUUACAUUACAAUGUACCUAGAGGAUAUCAAAUGAAUGUAGGUUCAAUACUGAAUUUAUGAAAAUUAAAGUACGCUAGGCCUCUGGCAAGCAUAACAUUUUUUUUCUUAACAAGUUCAAUAGAUUUAGUAACAAAGCUAUAGGAAUAUGAUAUUCUACUCUCACAUAUUCAAACUGAAACUGUUAACAGUCAAAAGAAUCACUUUUCCCUGGAGGAGUAAUUUUAACAUUAGCGCAUCUGUAUAUUGUGUUUGAAGUCCAGUCAAAAUAUAUGCAUGGGCAUGCAAUACCUGUUUUUAUUCAGUCACAACAGCAGCUAAGGUAUCUUUUUUACAUGUACUGGAAAAUUAAGUAAAUUUAGGCAUACAGUUACAUGUUAACAGCAAAUGUAUCUUUCCUAAGUGAAAACUACAAAUUGCCAUUAAUAUGCCAUAAUUAUUAGUCUACCUCCAAUUUCAGUAACCUGAAUAUACUCUAUAAAUGCCAAAAAGCACCAUAAUGACAGUCCAGGGCCAAAGAUUUUGUAGUGAGCCUGGAAAACGAGGCCCUCUUCAAGCAAAGUUUAACAUAAUAUCACCUUAGUGCAUUAAUGGGUUAAAUCCUUUAAAUUUAAUAGGAGUUAAAUCCAGUUAUUUCACUUAGGUGACAAUAAGUCUCUAUUCCUUCUUUUUAUCAACUGUUAAGUUUAGUUAAGUCUGAUAACAGCAUAAGCUCAGUUUCUCAGGCUAAAAUGUGACAUUAAGAAAAAAAGGCUUAAUGGUUAAUUGGUUAUAUAAUUAUGAAAAAUAAGCAGCAUCUUAUGGUUAAAGAUUUAUCUUCGUAAUAAUUAGAAUUCAUUUGAUAUUUGAUUAUUAUUAUUUUCUUUUCUUUUUUUCUUUUUUUAAGAAAAGUAAAAACAAUUUAAAUACACAAAGAAUUAAAAAUUUGAGUAAAAGUAAAGAUUAGUUGAGAUUGUUUUGAAAUUCAUAUACUUAGAUAUUUGUGUAAAAAGAACAUUAAAGUUGUUUGCGGUUAUUGUCUCAAGUAAUUUAACACUCUGAGUAUUAGUGGUGAACAUUAUUCCUGUAAGAUGCCAAAAUAAAGGCAAGGGCUGAUCUUAGCAGUCUGACUGUUCUCUAAAUCUGUUGGUCAAGCUAUUUUAGUUUGUAUUUCAGCAAAGGAUAGCUUGAAAUCCCUUAUAUUUACCAAGGGUAGUUUUAAAUAACUGAUAUUAAGAAAUUGUAAAUAAGUAUUUUCAAAAAUCUG